AUGGAUGAACAUGACAGUUUGUUUAUAAACGAUAGUUCUCAUAUAUUUAAUGUUUGCGAAGUUUUAAAUAUAUUUCGUGAAAGUGGAGAACUUUGCGAUGUCGUACUUUACACCGACGAAGGUAUGAAGUUGCCAGCACACAAAGUCGUACUGAGCGCUUGCUCACCAUAUUUUAGAGCCAUGUUUACUACAAAUUUUAUAGAAGCCAGAGAACCGGUUAUAUAUUUAAAGCAUACUGAUGGUUAUGCUUUAAGAGAUAUGAUUGAUUAUUUCUAUUCAGGCAAAUUGACUGUUAAUUGUUACAAUGUUGAAGAAAUAAUCAAGCUGGCAAAUGUUUUGCAGUUAAAAGAUUUAAUUGAGAAAUGUGAAGUGUAUUUGCGACGGAAUAUGUCACCUAAAAAUUCACUUGGGUUACAAGCUUUUGCUCAUCAAUAUUCUUUAAAAAAAUUGAAGGAACAUGCCAAGCGUUACAGCUGUUGGAAUUUCAAUGAUGUAAAGAAUGAAGAGGAAUUUCUUCUUUUGCCUUUAAGUUGCUUAAAAGAAUUGAUUGCAGAUGAUUCAUUGAGAGCACCUUCUGAGGAUUAUAUUUUCGAGGCUGUAAUGAAAUGGAUUUUAUAUGAUUUUAACAACAGAAAAAGUAAUUUACAACAGCUGCUGCCACAUGUUAGAUUUCCUCUAAUGAGUCCAAAUUACAUUCGAAAGAGUAAUAUAGUUCAAACUUUGUUGGAUAACUUUACUAUUGGAGCCAGUUACAUUGAAGAAGCUUUGAAAUAUCAGUACCAAGAACUUACUAUUGAAAAUGCAAUAUUACCAAAACGCUUUACACCCAGGGCUUCUUCUCAGGAUAUUUAUGUCAUUGGCGGUUGGUCAAAUGGUCAAAAAUUGAGCACUGUCCAAUGUUUUAGUGUAGAUACCUUAAAAUGGACAACAGUUAGUAACAUGAAUGUUGCACACGUGUCAAAAGAAGAUUACUUCCGUGUCAUAGUGUCCAAUGAAGAAAACACAUGCACAAAUACCGACCGACUCUAUUUUUGGUGCUCAAAUGACUCUGCAACAGAUAUUUACAUAGCAUAUAGACUAAUUCAAGUUUUUAAUUCCUGGAGACAAAUAUGUGCUCAUAAAAUUAGUGCAUUUGCGGCUUAUCGGCACCCUCUCCUAAUACUCAGUGCAGGCACAAACCAAAAAGUGCAAGGAACUGACAUUUUUGUGGAAACUUGGGAAUAUUCUUGCAGUCGGGUUCACGUCAUAAUUCUGCUUGAGAACCAAUCACGGGCUAAUAGUGCAUAA